AUGCAGUUGGCGCAGAUGCUGGUGGGGACGUCGCUUCUUCUGGCGCUGGCGCUGCCGCUCGGCGCGCCCUCCGCCGCCGCCGCCGCCGCCCCCGCCGCCGCCGCUCCCGCCGCGCCCGCGCCCUCCGAUCACGCCCCACGCCUCCACAAGAGGGUGACGGACGUCAAACCAUCGCUCGUGUGUCUGCGUCCUAACGCGGCCGAUUUGCCUCUGUUGCAGCAAGCGGACCCCGCAGAGCUGGAGCGCCUCGCAGCGGAGCCCAAACGCAAGCGGCCCUUCUGCAACGCCUUCACCGGGUGCGGCAAGAAGCGCGCGGACGAGAGCCUGGGCACGCUGGUGGAGCUGAACUCGGAGCCCGCCGUGGCGGAGCUCAGCCGGCAGAUCCUGUCCGAGGCCAAGCUGUGGGAGGCCAUCCAGGAGGCACGCGCGGAGCUCCUGCGCCGCCGCCAGCAGCAGCGCGCCAUGUUGCAGCUGCAGACGAACCGCAUCGCGGCCGACGGCCCGCUGCCGCUGCCGCUCACCAGCUUCCGCAAGCGGCGCGCCGCCCUCGCCGCCCCCGAGGCCGCCCCCGCCGCCGACGCCGCGCCCGCCCCGCAG